AUGGAUAGAAUCAGUAAGCUCCCUGAUGAGAUUGGUUGCCACAUCUUCUCCUUCCUCACGACAAGAGAGGCUGCUUCAACUUCUGUUCUCUCAAAGAGAUGGAGGAAUAUCUUUACUUUCACACCAAACCUAUGUUUCGAAAAUAAAGACUUUGCCUCUCCCAGUGAAGAGAUCACGAGGAGUUUCAGUGAUUUCGUGGAUCGAGUAUUGGCUGCGUCGGGCGAAUCCCCUAUCAAAAAAAUCACCCUAAAAUGUCUAACAAGUGGUGAUCCAGCUCAUCUCAACCGCUGCAUGCGUAAGUUUCUAACACACGGCGUCACGGAUCUUGAUCUUGAGGUAAUAAGGGGUUUAGAUUAUCCUAACAUGCUUAUAGAGGUCUUCGCUUGCAAGACAAUUGUGACGCUGAAACUAGGAAGGUGCUUUGUUAUUGAGAACUUUCCUGAGAAUAUGUUUCUCCCGGUUCUCAAGACUCUCUUCCUUGACAAGAUUAUGUUCAAUAUGCCUCAGCCUUGUGCAUUUGAAACCCUUUUUUCUGCUUGCCCUGUGCUUGAGUUAGUGAUGCUCAACGUGGAGUCUUCGUACCAGCCGAGCGAUGGGAAACCAUGUAGCACCGUUUCUUGCCCGACCCUUCAAAGACUUACGGUUAACAGUCUUGAUUUCGGUCUCAUUCUCUAUCGUUCUCGUUUUCUUGAUCGCCAGAGCUUUGCUUUUGAUACGGCAAACCUUGCAUACUUGGAGUACUCUGAUGUUGUUCCAAUAGCAUUUCCAGUUGUGAAUCUUGACUCCCUUGUUGAAGCUAAGCUUGGUCUUAAUUCACUAGAGGUUUGUGAUGAUCGCAAUUCAACGGUCCUGAUUAAAGGGUUAGGUAACGUUGAGGUACUAGACUUGACGACUUUUGAAACCUUGGAGACCAUUUAUUACUUCCGGGAAGCAAUCGUAGUGUUGAAGAACCUAUUGCAAUUGUCUAUCACAACUAAAGCUCAUGAAUGCUGGAGAUCUCUACCAUUUCUGCUAAACAAGUCCCCAAAUCUACAUACUCUCAUCAUAAAGGGUCCCUUGCAUGCUUUUAAAUAUGGAUCUGUUUGUGAGUGCUUCUCUGGAUAUUCUUGUUUCUCAUGUCCUGUUAAGGUCUUAAAGAUAACCGACUAUGGUGGAAUCAGCGGAGAGCUGCGGCAACUGCAUCAUAUACUAGAGAAAUUGCCAUGUCUUGAGCUGGUCACAGUCUGUGCUCGUGCAACAAACGUGACUGAAGGAUGGAUACUCAACAGUGACCUGCAAAGGCUUUCAAAAGCUUUGAAGUGCAAGAUCGAGGUUAACUUUAUUGGAAUAUGA